AUGGGGAAAGACACGGAGGACGUAAAAGACAAAGUAGAUGCUCCGUCUAAAGCUUUAUUCUCGUGCUUCUUUCAGGGUUCAGCCGAUUCCUACACUAGUCGACCUACUGAUUCCGACCUGUCCCUGGAGGACGACCGGGAGGCGUCUCGGCGUGAAGCCGAGCGCCAGGCUCAGCUGCAGCUGGAAAGAGCCAAGUCUAAACCGGUGGCGUUUGCAGUAAAAACCAACGUGAGUUAUUGCGGGGCCCUUGAUGAGGACUGUCCAGUCCAAGGGGCCGCUAUAAACUUUGAAACCAAAGACUUUCUGCACAUCAAAGAGAAAUUCAACAAUGACUGGUGGAUCGGUCGGCUGGUGAAGGAAGGGGCAGACAUCACUUUCAUCCCGAGCCCAGUAAAACUGGAGGCCAUGAGGAUAAAACAGGAACAAAAAGCAGCUGCAAGGAAAGGAGGCAAUGCGUCAUCGGGAGGCUGGAGGUCCACCCCUCCAUCUGCAGCCAAACAGAAGCAGAAACAGACUGAGCAUGUCCCUCCUUAUGACGUGGUUCCCUCCAUGAGGCCAGUGGUCCUGGUGGGCCCGUCUCUGAAGGGUUACGAGGUGACUGACAUGAUGCAGAAAGCUUUGUUCGACUUCCUGAAGCACAGAUUUGACGGCAGGAUCACCAUUACACGGGUGACUGCUGAUCUAUCCUUGGCAAAGCGCUCGGUGCUGAACAAGAAGGCCAUAAUGGAGAGAUCCAACACUCGCUCCAGUCUGGCGGAGGUCCAGAGUGAGAUCGAGAGGAUCUUUGAGUUGGCCAAGUCUCUUCAGCUGGUCGUCCUGGAUGCAGAUACCAUCAACCACCCGGCACAGCUCCUCAAAACAUCCCUGGCUCCCAUCAUCGUCUACGUCAAAGUCUCCUCUCCUAAAGUUCUUCAGAGGUUGAUUAAGUCCAGAGGAAAGUCGCAAAGCAAACACCUAAACGUCCAGAUGAUGGCCGGGGACAAGCUGGCUCAGUGUCCUCCUGAAAUGUUUGAUGUGAUCCUGGAUGAGAAUCAACUUGAAGAAGCUUGUGACCACCUUGCAGAAUACCUGGAAAUUUACUGGCGAGCUACGCACCUCCCCUGUUCUGCCCCAGCAAACCCCUUACAGGACCAAAGUGUGGUCACACCACCUUCAGCUAACUCCAGCCAGCAGUUUUCAGAAACUCAAGAGUUGAUAGAAUGACUGCAGCCACAGAUGUAGGAUCAGCCUGUGCUGUUGGCUGAAGUCAGACCAGUCGAGGCUUGUAGCACAGAGUCCAAGGUGCCACCAGGGGGCAGCAGCAGUCUUCAUCUCUCCAAAAGCAACCAUUGCCUUCUCUAGUCUGGACCAGGAGCAAAGGAAACAACCAAGAGGAGGAAGAGAGAACAAGAGAAGGUGCAAGUGGAAGAUGAAACUGCAAGAAACAAAAGUGCCACUGACUCCCUGCUGUCAUCCCCCACUCCCCCCAGUGGGCCGAACUUCCCAACGCCAAGCGUCAACUCAGGGCCGCUUUCUGCAGCUGCACACUCUGGUUACAACAACCAGCCAAGCAGCCACUCUUUGCUCCCACCCUGAACCCUAAAACUAAUCCAGACUCCUGCUUCCUCUCAGUGAUGAGCCGGCCCAGGUGUGUUCAAACACCACCAAGUCCAAAGCACACGCACAGGCUGAUUUACAUCUUCCUGCAGACACUGUACACACACCUGUGAAGGCGAGGGAUGUUUGUACAAGACACUGUGGCGAGGCAAAGCUGUCAGUCUAACUA